UGUAAAUCAAUUUAAGAAAUUAAAUAUUGAAAUUAUUAAUGAUUGCUUGCAAGCAAAUAUGGAAAUGAAGUAAUUUGCAAUCGACAAAAUGAUUGCAGCUGCGUAAUCACAUUUACUUUCUCUAUAUAACAUUCUCUUCUCUCUCUUGAGCUCAUCUUAUUUUAAUUUUGUUCGGGUAGACGACAAGUAAGUUAUUGGUCUGCAACAAUGGCAAAAGAUGCAAUCAAAAUUCUUGUCACUGGGGCUGCUGGACAAAUAGGCUAUGCUCUUGUUCCAAUGAUCGCAAGAGGGAUCAUGUUAGGCCUAGACCAGCCUGUAAUUCUGCACAUGCUUGACGUUGAACCUGCCGCCAAGGCCCUGGAAGGAGUGAAAAUGGAACUGAUUGAUGCUGCCUUUCCUCUUCUCCAAGGUAUUAUUGCAACUACUGAUGUAAUUGAAGCUUGUCGAGGCGUCAAUAUUGCUGUUAUGGUUGGUGGUUUUCCCUGCAAAGAAGGAAUGGAGAGAAAGGAUGUAAUGCCUAGAAAUGUGCCUAUAUUCAGGGCUCAAGCUUCAGCUUUGGAGCAGCAUGCUGCUCCAGAUUGCAAGGUCCUAGUGAUUGCUAACCCUGCAAACACUAAUGCGCUCAUCUUGAAGGAAUCUGCCCCCUCCAUCCCAGCAAAGAGCAUCACAUGCCUCACAAGACUCGAUCAUAACAGAGCCCUUAGCCACAUUGCAGAUAGGCUAAAUGUUCAGGCUAGCAAUGUGAAGAAUGUAAUUAUAUGGGGAAACCAUUCUUCCAGCCAGUACCCAGAUGCUCAUCAUGCCAUUGCAAUCACCAGCAUUGGUGAAAAGUCUGUCAAAGAACUUAUUGCAGAUGAUCAUUGGUUAGAUACAGAGUACGUUGCAUUUGUGCAGCAGAGAGGUGCAGCCAUCAUCAAAGCUCGGAAACUAUCGAGUGCACUAUCUGCUGCAAGUGCUGCUUGUGAUCAUAUCCGUGAUUGGGUUCUUGGCACUCCCAAGGUUGAUUCUGUCAUAUUGAACUUGCAAACAAAGUCUAUAUUCUCCUUUUUUUUUAAUGCUCUGUUUCCUCUUUAUCCACGUUCCAAUCAGGGAACAUGGGUUUCUAUGGGAGUGUAUUCUGAUGGGUCCUACGGCAUCGAACCUGGUCUUAUUUACUCGUUUCCUGUUACUUGCCAGAAAGGAGAAUGGUCAAUUGUCCAGGGGCUCAACAUUAAUGAGUUCUCCAGGGAGAAGCUGGAUGCCACUGCAAAAGAACUUGUUGAGGAGAAAUCACUUGCCUAUUCAUGCCUUGAUAAUUAACAUACUCUUCCAUUAUGUGAUAUAUUCAAUUAUUCUCUUAGUUUUAUGUUUAAUCAUCAUUAACCCUAGUUUUGGUGUAAAAUACUUAUGUGUUUCUUUUUCUAAUUUGAGAUCGAAUAUUGAACCAAUUCAUUAAUUUAAGCUAUAUUUUUCACUUAGUUAAUCUAAAUUCAAGAUAUAUAUUUUUUCAAUCUCUCAGAUUUCGUUUA